AUGUCUGACGAACAGGACGAUUUCAUCUCCUCUGCACUUUUCGAUGAACCUGAGGACUUUCGUCCGCCACCACCGGAAAGCCAUUUCGUGAACUACGAUCGUUUCACCACCGAUCUUCGUAAUGGUACAUCAUCGACCACCCCUACCAAAGAAGUCACUCCAAAAUCCAUUACUCUACGACUCAUUGGUAGUUCUCCAUUAUGGGGCCAUUUGCUCUGGAACGCCGGUAGAUUCACUGCGCAAUACUUGGAUUCACACCCUGAACUUAUCAAGGGGAAAAAAAUCCUUGAAUUAGGAGCGGCUGGAGGUCUUCCAUCAUUAAUUUGUUCGUUGAACGAACCGAAAAAAGUGAUUAGCACCGAUUAUCCUGAUUUGGAUUUAGUAAAUAACAUCAAGAUUAACUUCCAGACAUUGCAAGAACAGCACCCAGGUUGUUACGAUUUGAACAAUGUGUUGGUGCAAGGGUAUAUUUGGGGUAACGAUUACGGAGAUCUUGUGAAAUUCAUCAAAGAUGAUGGCGGUGACGCUACCUCGGACGUCAAUGAUGAUAAGUUUGAUUUGAUUAUUCUUAGUGAUUUGGUUUUCAACCAUACCGAACAUCACAAACUUUUGAAAACUUGUCGUGAUCUCGUGAACCCAAAGACCGGAAAAUGCUUGGUGGUGUUCUCGCCUCAUCGUCCGUGGUUGUUGAAUGACGAUUUGGAAUUUUUUGACAAAGCCCAAGAGGACCCAUAUAAUUUCAAAGUUGAUAAGAUCGAUUUGGUGAAUUGGAAACCAAUGUUUGAGGAAGAUGAAGAGACAAAACAUAUUAGAGGUAGAGUGUACAGUUUCUGGUUGACUCCAAACUGGUGA